GGCAACGCAUCCCCCCGGGCUCUGGAGAAGCUCUACUGGGCAUGCGCAGUGUUGACGCGAGCGCCGGCGCGCCGCGGUUUGAAAGGCCCGAGCCUCGCGCGCUUGCGCACUGAAACCCGCGCAGGCAGCGCCCCCUCCCCGCCCCCCCAAUUCCGGACCCUUCCUCAUCCUUCGGGCCAGGCGCAGGCCACGACGUUGACAUGCCGGAGAUCCGCCUCCGCCACGUCGUGUCCUGUAGCAGCCAGGACUCGACCCACUGUGCAGAAAACCUUCUCAAGGCGGACACUUACCGAAAAUGGCGGGCAGCCAAGGCAGGCGAGAAGACCAUCUCUGUGGUCCUACAGUUGGAGAAGGAAGAGCAGAUACACAGUGUAGACAUCGGGAAUGAUGGCUCAGCCUUUGUGGAGGUGCUGGUGGGCAGCUCUGCCGGAGGGGCCGGGGAGCAAGACUAUGAGGUCCUUCUGGUCACCUCAUCUUUCAUGUCUCCUUCCGAGAGCCGCAGUGGCUCAAACCCCAACCGCGUUCGUAUAUUUGGGCCUGACAAAUUGGUCCGCACAACAGCCGAGAAGCGCUGGGAUCGAGUCAAAAUUGUUUGUAGCCAGCCCUACAGCAAGGACGCCCCCUACGGUCUGAGUUUUGUACGGUUCCACAGCCCCCCAGACAAAGAUGAGGCAGAGGCCCCACCCCAGAAAGUGACAGUAACCAAGCUCGGCCAGUUCCGUGUGAAGGAGGAGGACGAGAGUGCCAACGCCUUGAGACCAGGAGCGCUCUUCUUCAGCCGGAUCAACAAGACAUCCCCAGCCACAGUCAGCGACCCAGCAGGACCCAGCUAUGCAGCUGCCACACUCCAGGCCUCUACUGCUGCCUCCUCAACCUCUCCAGUCUCCAGGGCUGUGAGCAGCGCCUCCAAGCCUCAGGAGUCUCCUAAAGGGAAGAGGAAGUUGGAUUUGAGCCAAGAAGAAAGGAAGACCCCUAGCAAACCAUCAGCCCAGCUCUCACCUCCUGCCCUCAAGAGACCCAAAUUGCCAGCUCCCACUCGGACCCCAGCCCCAGCCCCAGCCCCUGUCCCAGGACAGGGGGCAGUGAAAGGAAAGCCCCGGGGAGAAGGCACCGAGCCCAGAGUACCCCGAGCUGGCCCACAGGAACUGGGGAAGAUCCUUCAGGGCGUGGUGGUGGUGCUGAGUGGCUUCCAGAACCCCUUCCGCUCGGAGCUCCGGGACAAGGCCUUAGAGCUGGGGGCCAAGUAUCGGCCAGACUGGACCCCGGACAGCACGCACCUCAUCUGUGCCUUUGCCAACACCCCCAAGUACAGCCAGGUCCUAGGCCUCGGAGGCCGCAUUGUGCGUAAAGAGUGGGUGCUGGACUGUCACCGAAUGCGUCGACGGCUGCCCUCCCGGAGGUACCUCAUGGCAGGGCCAGGAUCAAGCAGUGAGGACGAGGGGGGCUCUCACAGUGGCAGCAGCGGGGAUGAAGCCCCCAAGAUUCCCCGAAAGCGCCCUCAGACCAAACCCAAGCCCCCUCAGGCAGCCGGACCUAGCUCACCUCAGAAGCCUCCAACCCCCGAAGACACCAAAGUAGCUUCACCAGGGCCCCAAGAAGAUACGGACACUGAAGAGGAGCAGUCAGGACGGAACCAUGGGGCCGAAGACUCUGGAGACACUGAGGAUGAGCUGAGGAGGGUGGCCGAGCAGCGGGAACAAAGACAGCCCCCUGGCCAUGGGGAGAAUGGUGAGGACCCGUACGCAGGCUCCACAGAUGAGAACACAGACAAUGAGGAUCACCCGGAGUCUCCUGACCUGCCAAUUCCUGAGCUUCCAGACUUCUUCCAGGGCAAGCACUUCUUCCUGUACGGGGAGUUCCCUGGGGACGAGCGGCGGAAGCUCAUCCGAUAUGUCACCGCCUUCAACGGGGAGCUUGAGGACUACAUGAGUGACCGGGUUCAGUUUGUGAUCACAGCACAGGAAUGGGAUCCCAGCUUUGAAGAGGCCUUGAUGGACAACCCCUCCCUGGCAUUCGUCCGUCCCCGAUGGAUCUACUGUUGCAACGAGAAGCAGAAGUUACUUCCUCACCAGCUCUAUGGGGUGGUGCCCCAGGCCUGAAGUAUGUGCU